UACAGUUGCGAAGCGAGUACUGUUCGUGGCUAACAACAAUUUUCGCUCACUUUUUAUUGUGCCUGGUUAUUUGUACAUAUAUAAAAAUAUCGAGUCGUUUUGUCGUUUGUGAAUUGGCCUUGCAUAUUGCACUGCGCCAGGUACCAACACAAACACCAAUAAGAAAACUAUUUACAACGAAACCAACGAAGACCCCCCAACAGCACCACCCAUCCAACAGUAAGAAAGAAACAAUCGAACUGAAGGCUGCCUGUGACGACACUGGUUGGCCGUCCAAGUCGAGCAUUUUCGUGUGGGGUUUAAGCACGGAGACAAAGUGAGCAAGUCAAAGUACGUAACGAGGACUAGAGGAGCUACUUUGUUAUCGCGCAAAAGAUGUGCGAUACCAGUGACAAGGCGCAGAAAUGGAAAUGUGAAAUUUGCACCUAUGAAAACUAUCCAUGCUCGAUGAAAUGCACUAUGUGCCAGGCAUCUAAGCCACUGCUAAACGAGGAUAUAUUCCGUCUAAGUCCAGCACAGAAUACGCCCACACAUGACAGUUACAGCGCGGAGGAGGCGGCGGCGGUUGUGCUGCCCGUUGAGCCCACUUCCACUUGCUUCGCACGACAACAGCAGCAACAGCCACGUCAGAGCAAUGUGACCGAGAGCGAAAAGUGGGCUUGCAAAGUGUGCACCUAUCUCAAUUGGCCACGCAGUCUUCGCUGCGUACAAUGUUGCACAAAACGUGGUGGCGCUGCCAUGGAAUAUACAGCUGCUGCAAGCAAGGAGUCGCCUGACUGUGUAGAUCGUGCAGGCGAAGCGCUCCAGGCGUUGCGCAUAAGUGGCUCCGACACGGAGCUCAACAUUGAAGCAACGGUUGGUAGCAGCAGCAGUAGACAACUAAUUGGUGCCACUGCAGCGCAACGGCGAAAUCUCAGUCCAAGCUUGGACCCAACGCAACUCAAUAAUCUUGCCAACACAUCACAAAGCCAGCAGUUGCAGCUGCAGCAGCAGCAAAAUACAAAUUCCUCCUCCGCAGCGCUACAGCAAAAGCACAGCUAUGUGGCCAAAUGGGCCUGCAAUUCUUGCACUUAUGAAAACUGGCCCAAGAGUCUCAAGUGUUCCAUGUGCGGCAAAACGCGAGAAAUCUGCAGUGGCUCGGGCUCGCAGAAUGAUCUGCAUGCGUGUGCUAGCAUAUCGGGAAGCAACAAACAGUUGAAUCUACAGCAGGAUGAGCAGCAACAACAGCCGCAGCCACAACAACAACAAAACAAUGACACUGUCAGUGUUAACAAUUCGUUCAACAAGAAGCACAUUUACCAAUUAGGUUCUUCGGAAACCAUUAACAACUGUGAUACGCUGCAAGAACGGCAGGAGCGUCGCCAGCGUCAAAUCAGACGGCAAGUGGACUGGCAGUGGUUAAACGCUUGCCUGGGUGUAGUCGAGAAUAACUACAGUGCUGUUGAAGCUUAUUUGUCGUGCGGCGGCAACCCGGCUCGCUCAUUGACCAGCAACGAGAUAGCAGCGCUUAAUCGUAACUCGGCCUUUGAUGUGGGACAUACACUCAUCCAUUUGGCCAUACGUUUUCAUCGCGAGGAAAUGCUGCCAAUGCUUUUAGCACAGAUCUCUGGCUCCGGGCCGGGCAUAAAACGUGUACCUUCAUAUGUGGCACCCGACUUGGCGGCAGACAUACGUCGUCAUUUUUCCAACACGCUGCGUAUUCGCAAAUCUGGCCUGCCCUGCCACUACGUGCAAAAGCAUGCCACAUUUGCGCUACCGACGGAAAUUGAGGAGCUACCCAUACCAAUACAGGAACAGCUAUACGAUGAGCUCUUGGAUCGUGAUGCACAAAAACAGUUGGAAAUGCCACCUCCGGCGCUAAACUGGUCACUAGAAAUCACUGCACGUCUCAGUUCGCGUUUGCUUGUGCUGUGGAAUCGUAGCGCUGGUGACUGCCUUCUUGACUCGGCCAUGCAGGCCACUUGGGGUGUCUUUGAUCGCGACAAUGUGCUGAGGCGCGCUUUGGCGGACACUCUGCACCAGUGCGGGCAUGUCUUUUUUAAGCGCUGGAAGGAGUAUGAAAUGCUGCAGGCCUCCAUGCUGCACUUUACGCUCGAGGACUCGCAGUGGGAGGAAGAUUGGAGUACACUCUUAUCGCUAGCUAGCCAACCGGGCUCAUCGCUAGAACAGCUACAUAUUUUUGCUCUGGCGCACAUUCUGCGACGUCCCAUCAUUGUCUAUGGCGUCAAGUAUGUAAAAAGCUUUCGUGGCGAGGACAUAGGCUAUGCUAGAUUUGAAGGAGUCUAUCUACCGUUAUUCUGGGAACAAAACUUUUGUACAAAGUCGCCCAUCGCUUUGGGCUAUACUAGGGGGCACUUUAGCGCCCUAGUGCCCAUGGAACCAUUCUCUCGCAUCGAUGGUCGUCGUGAUGACGUCGAAGAUGUCACCUAUCUGCCGCUUAUGGACUGCGAGCUAAAGCUCUUGCCCAUUCAUUUUCUGUCGCAGUCCGAGAUGGGCAAUGAGGAGACCAUUAUGCGUCAAUGGCUCGAUGUUUGCGUCACAGACGGCGGUUUAUUGGUGGCGCAACAAAAGCUGUCAAAGCGUCCCCUGCUGGUAGCCCAAAUGCUAGAGGAGUGGUUAAAUCAUUAUAGACGCAUUGCACAAGUUAUAACAGCGCCAUUUGUGCGUCGACCACAGAUUAGUCACUACUCAAGCGACGGCGACUCGGAUGAGGAGUAGAAUAACUGAGCGUCACUCUUAGCAGUUAAAUGGUCUUCGUAAUUCGAUUUCGCUCGGCUAAUAAAUUGGAAUUGGAUUGGUUCGGAGGAUAUGUAGCCCAUUCGUACAUAAAUUCACAUAAUUUUAAGUUGGUAGCAGGCAACAGUUAAAAACAGUUGUUUUGAAUGAGAUAGCAGCAGCUCCUAUGCACAUGCAGUUAGCUAAUGGUAUCCAUAAACUAUAUUUAUAUACAGCAUAUGCAUGCACUAUAUACAUAUAUUUAAACUUUAUAUAUAUAUGUAUAUAUAUGUUUGUGUAUUUGAAGCAUCGGAAGCAGUUAAGUUAUAGUUGCAGGCAAACUAAAAUUUAAGCAGCAAAGUAAAAACUUGAAAUACAUACAAUCAUAAUAUUUCAUAUCCAUUUUUGCAUCAACGUUAGUUGAUUUUAGUCAAAUUUAUUCGUCGUUGUUCGAUUAACCAAGGCAUUGUCACUUCUUAGAAAUUCAUAAUAUAGUAUAUAUAAACCGUAGUAGCUGGAAUUACAUACCCACAAACUUUUUAUGUCAAUGCCUUGCCGAAACGUGAAUGGAAAUUGAAAAUAGAACAGAGUAAAACCAGUAAUUGAUAAAUAUAUCUAUACUAUAAUAUAGCAUAUUGUAUGUAUAUGAAUCCUUACAAAAUACCUAAGUAUGUAUGUACUUUUAACUAUGCAAAAUCUCGAUGUACUAUUAAAUUUUAACUUGUGAAAUUUGCACCACUGCGGGUGAAUAUGAAUUAUGAAUUUUAUUC